ACGUUUGUUUAACGUUCAUUUCUCGACUCAUUGACCGGUGUAUCGAACUUUUCUUAUAUUAUUAUUAAAACGAACAUCUUAUGUGUACGAAAUGCUGCUUUUGUUAGAAAAAUGACGGGUUUUGACGCUUUAAGUACGACUGAACGCUGAUCGGGGUUUUAGGCCGAGCGUCGGUGUUCGGCGUCAGCUUUGCUAGCUAGCUAGCUAGCUAGCUAAAGGCAGCCAUUUAGCGGCUAGCUAGCUCGCUAACUCAGCUAUACGAUAGUGAUGCUUCUUCGUCUGUUAAACGGCUUCCUUGGGAAGUACAAGCCCAGUUGGCUCUUUGUCAUCGGAAGAUCACGAUUUUGACCCAACAGCGGACAUGUUGGUCCAUGACUACGAUGAUGAGCACACUUUAGAGGAAGAGGAGAUGCGAGAAGGGGAGUCAAAUGGGAGUUCGGAGAUAGCGGAUCUGGAGAAGGAGGGGAACAUGCCAUUGGAAGAGCUGCUUGCUUUGUAUAGGUACGAAUCAUCAGUCAGCACGGUCGGGUCGAGUGCGGACAGCUCUUCAGUCGAACUGACAGACGAGUUACCAGACAUGACGUUAGACAAGGAGGAGAUUGCUAAAGAUCUGCUGUCUGGAGAUGAUGAAGAAACCCAGUCUUCUGCUGAUGACCUCACACCGUCAGUGACUUCGCAUGAAACCACAGAUUUCUUUCCUAGAACUCUUCGCUCCAACACUAUUUAUGACGGAGAUAAAGAGUCUGAAGGCGAGGAGGACGGUCUGAAUACAGAGGACUCUCGAAAGGAAAUAAUGGUUGGAUCUCUGUAUCAAGCUGAAAUUCCCCCCCUUACCCAUUAUAGUGAAGAUGAAAAGGUUUACGAGAAUGAAGAUCAGUUACUGUGGAAGCCCGACGUACUACCAGAGUCAAAAGUGAAAGAGUUUUUGCUUGAUGCCAACUUUUCCUGUGGCGAUGGUGCUUUUAGGGAUCGAAAAGGUCUAGUUAAAGACAACGAACAGGCUUUGUACGAGCUUCUAAAAUGCAACUACAAUAUCCAUGAAGCGCUUGAAAGUUAUCGCAGCAAAGAAAAGUCAUCAAAGGAUGAAAUGUUCCCAUGGACUGAAGAAGAGUGCAGGAACUUUGAACACGCGCUUCUUUUGUAUGAGAAGAAUUUUCACCUUAUUCAGAAACACAAAGUCCACACAAGGACUGUGGCAGAAUGUGUUGCGUUUUACUACAUGUGGAAAAAGUCUGAACGCUUUGACUUCUUUGUCCAACAAAACCGGUUUGGAAAAAAGAAGUUCAGCAGCUACCCUGGUGUAACGGACCUAAUGGAUCGACUGGUGGAUGAAGCAGAGGGACUGGUGGAUAGCUCAGGCUCUGUCUGCUCUAGCAGUAGCGGCAGGAUAGAGACCUCAGCCGACCAACAGCUUAAUAUCCUCAAUUCCAUCACUGCCAGUGACCUCUCCGCACUAACCAGCAGUGUGGCGUCAGUGUGCAAUCCCAGCGACGUGGGCUGCCUGGACUCAUAUAGUUUCUCACCACUCGAUGGCCUCCACCGUGCUUCCUUGAGCCACAGUGAGCCACUCGGAUUUUCCAGCAACGGUGAUGGAGACUGCCUUAACCUCCUGGAUGCUGGUUUCUACCAUUCUGAGCUUGGGCAGCUGAAUGUGUGCGGUGAGGAUUGCGAGAGGCCCCCUGCUAAGAGGCUAAAGAUGGGCUUGCCUGAGCCCUUCCUCAACGAGCGCAGCAUGGCCGUGGACUUCACCAGCACCAAAAUGGCCGUCUCCGUUACUGACUUCAGUGACUCAGGCAGUUACAUGGCAAGCCACACGCUACAUCAGCACACAGCGCUGCAGUCAGAGUGAAAAAAUGCCUCACUCCACUAUGGACCAUGUACAUAGCCGGUCACUGGAAAUUAUAUUCCUGUUUUGUUUUGUUUUUUUCUUUUCUUUUUUUUUUUUUUUUUUUUUACAUUUUUUUAUGUACAUUUGUGUAGAUAUGUACAGAAUCCUUUUUUACUAUGACAUCAGUGAUGUCUUAUUGUACAGACCUUAAUCUUGAGUUCUCAAGAGUUAAUAACAGCCAUUUAUUUUCAGUCCGUAAUAUUUUGGAAAGUGUCACAUGUCCUGUCCGAAUACUGUGGAAAUUGAACCCGUGAAGUCAAAACUUUUAACGCCAGUUGUCCCCACAAGAAAAUGCAGAAACCUCCCCCACCCGAGUCCCUUUCUAGCUAUUGGCCGUGGCGCGUUUUAAUGAGAGGCGCCGAGCAGUACCUAAGCCUUGUCAUGUAGCUUUUGUGUGAAGACUCAAAUGUUUCAAAAUGGUUUUAUUUGGAGCAAAAGACUUUUUAUAAGUGGAGCCACUGUGCCUCUUGAAGGAGCACUUCUGAGCUGCAGUUACCAACGAAUGUUCAUGAAAUGCAUUCAGGUGGCCCUGCGAUUAAGGUGUCAGACACUCCAUUUUGAGAAAUACACGUUACAGUUCCUUUAAAUGCUCCUUUUUAUAUCCUGUCAAUCGAGCUUUAUUACAGCUGUAACUAUUCUUUGUACAUGUCAGUGAUCAGUAGUUAUCAUUUCUCCCACCAUAUUUGAGUACUUGUGGAUCUUUUCAUUGGUCAGACAGAAGGAAAACUUCCACAGUUUGUGAUACAUUUUAUCAUUUUGUUUAUAUGCUACGUUUUGCAUUCUGUUUUGUAGUGGUUUAUCACUUUGGGGGGGGUAUUUAUUUGCUUUAAACACCAUUGGACUGCACAUUGAUCACUAAACCUGAAGGCUUUAGAUUUA